ACCCACUCGUGGCCUAACAGCACCUCGGCGGUUGAGAGCUCAAAGGCGGCGAUGGCGGAAGAGAAGCCGCGGAGCGCCGCCCAGGCCAGGAGCCGCCAUCGCGCAGGAAAUAAACAGUCGAGUGCUUUGAAAAAUGAAGAUGCUGCACAAAGGAAGGCGGCACUUGAAGCUGCCAUUAGAAAGAAGAUUGAGGCUGAGCGAAAAGCCUUGCAGGUUGUCGAACGUCUGUUGGAAGAAGAUAUCACAGAAGAAUUCCUUGUGGAUUGUGGGAAGAUUAUAACACCUCUUCACUAUAAGGAUGUUGUGGAAGAACGAUUUAUUAUCAAGUUGUGUGGGUACCCCAUAUGCCGAAAGAGGCUACAGAAUGUGCCAAAACAAAGGUACAAAAUAUCAACCAAAACAAACAAAGUGUAUGAUAUUACUGAAAGAAAGUGUUUUUGCAGUAACUUCUGCUACAGAGCAUCAAAAUACUUCGAAGCUCAGAUUUCAAAAAGUCCUGUGUGGCUGCGAGAAGAAGAAAGGCCACCAGCCAUUGAAUUGCUGAAGGAUGGGGAAAGUGGCCACUCUGGGAAGGAAGUGAAAUUAGUCAAUGAAGCAAUCAACACAUUAGACAUUGAAAACCCUCUCCCAGCAGCAACCCAGGGCGACUUCAGCGUAGACAGUGAGAGCAGCAGUGAGGCCGAACAAGAAUUUGUCUCCUCUGUUCUGCAAGAAAAGAGUGUCCAUCCAUUGCCCAGGAAGGGUAUUCUCAAAGAGAAGUGCAUGCGGAGAGCACAAUCCAAACCUACCAAUGCAGAUGCCUUCGUUGAUGAUGCCGCAGAGCAGUUAAGUCAGUGCAAAUUAGACAGUCGAGGAAAAGAACAUGUUCUGGAUAGCUCUCAGAUUAAAGGAGCUCCUGUUUCUUUAUCCAGUCCUACUGCUGAAACUGUCCGGCUCUCUGAAGGCUUUGGAGGUAGCUCCAGCAGCUCGCAAGUCGUUUUCCUGGGUGUGAGCCCAAAAGGGGCAGAACUGUUUAAAAGGUUGCUUGCCAAAUCGAAACAGACUGCAAAGCCUAGCUUGGAAGGCCCAGCCAACCCCCUCACUGCCAAAUGUAGCUUGCUAGAAGGGCUGAGGCAGACCUUUACCGAAUGGAGGACUGAGGAGACAGCGAAGCUCCUCCACGGCAGCGAUGCUGCGGUCACCUAUGCACCACAGCCCUCUCUGGCAGCUGGCCGUGAGGCAGAGGAGGAGCUUGACGAGGAUGACUUAGAGAGUGUCGACGAACCUAACAAGGCCGCUUCUGAGAGAGGCACCCAGAACCCUUUGAGCCAGCCGUUGCCUUUCAAGGCCUCGAGUCCAGCAGCAAAACCUAUACCCAGCUACGAGAAACUGAAAGAAGAGACCUCGCAGUUAGAGUUAAAGGUGCAGGAAUUUUACAGAGGAAACUUUGCCUUAGGCGAAGAAGAUCUGGGAGCCCUGUCGAGAGGGGAGCAGCAUCACAGCAAUGACAAUGGUGAUCAUCAGUGGCCCCCCGCCCUCCCGCUUGUAGAUUCUAAAGCUCAACAGCAGAUUCGGACACGGAUUGUCCUUGAAAAGCUGCAAAAAGUUUUGCCUGCUGUUUUGGGCCCUCUUCGGAUUCCUCUUGGGGAUGUAUACAGUGAACUUAAAGAUCUUGUUAAGACAUUCAGGUUAACAAAUACAAAUAUUAUUCACAAAACUCCCGUAUGGACCCUGAUUGCCAUUGUGCUUUUGUCUGCGUUGUCGCAAAAUAUUCCCAUCUUUGCAAGUUCCCAGCACAGCCAAGGAUAUUCGCAGUUCCUGGCUACUUUGCUUGAAGAAUUACACUUCAAAAAUGAAGAUUUUGAAAGUUUAACAAGAAUAUUCAGAAGCGAUAGUCUUCCAUACUGAAUAAGUUGACCGCCGUGCGCUUCUUUUUCUAUGCUGAAAUUGGAUCAAGAUGUGAAGUGGCAGCGCCAAACAAAUUAAAUCAAGUACACCAAAUGGGGAAAACAACAAAAAUAAAACCUCAUUGGUCGAGUUUGUAUGAAACAGUGAUAUGAACGAAGGCUGAUCUGUAAUUCACCAUUGAAUUUAACACAACUGUUGAAUACAUCAAGCCAAACUGAAGUUCUCUUAUGAUGAAUAUUUUUCAUCUUUCUCAUUUCUUCAGAUAAGUGGCCAACGCUAAGAUUUGGACACUGAGACAGAUCAUCUUUCCAGGUCUUUCACUAUUUUCAUCAAGUUGCCCUAAUGGAGGGGUGGCUGUCCACAUCCUAUGGGACUUCAGCUUCCAUUAGCCACAGUCAUCAUGCCCUUUGUUCAGGCAUUAUGGGAGUUGUAGUCCACCAACAUUUGGAGGGCAAAAGGUCCUUCAUCUCUAUAAUGGAACACCAACAUUUUGUGUGUGUCCGUGUGCCAUUACCUUCCUAAGGAAAUUGUGUCAUUCAGCGUUUCUGAAAAGCUAAAGCAAAUCUAAGGUGCAGUUCUUUGAUACAUUUUUUUCCGGAAAGAAGUGCCUUAGUAAAGUAUAUCAAAGAAACAUAAUCUGAAUUGUCAUUGCAGUAGUCACAAAAUAAUAUAAAAUCCUAUGGUUAUUAUGAUAUGGAACUUCUUAAUAAAGUGUUUAUUUUGCUUAUUUACUUGUUUGAUUUCUAUCCCACCUUCCUUUCAAGGAGUUCCAGAGAAGAUCCAUGGCUCUUCUUCUCUCAUUUUAUUUAUUGGAGUACUUUAACACCAAGCAGCCUAUCAGUUUUGCUGUACGGUGGUAUUGUACUGUGGAGGUUUCCAUCCUCAGCUUUUAAGAUUGCAUUACAAAAUCCCUGAUUGCAUCUUCAGAAACCAGAGAGCGCCCGUUCCUUUCCACAGUUAUGUUCCACGUAGCGUAUUGCCUUCACAAUAUCUGCAGUUAGGUCAGCUGCUUGGCAGUCUACUUUGCUAGCACAAUCCUGCUCCUUCCAAAUGUGUUUUGAGGGGCAGCCACAGAAGGGUGUCUGAGCCUGAGUGUGCUGGGCAGGAUCUAUAGAAGAGCAAAAUAAUACUGUAUUGUUGUUUUUGUCAACUCCCAAGCCCUUCCUUUUCACCAGGUCUUUAUUUUUACAUUUCCUGUCAGCUUAGCAGCAUGAUUUUUACAAGUUUAUUUUAGGCUCAGUGCUUAGUCUUCUACAACCAUUUGAGCUUACUUUUUUAAAAAAAGUGUUAGUCUUGUAAUCUUUUAAGAGGAUGUAUUUGUAUCUGAAUAAUAAACCCAUUUAACACACACACAUCAAAUUUCAACUUGUUAAUUGCUGGAACUCUUAACUUGACUGCCCUUUUCAAUCUCCAAUAGGUUUGGGGAGUUUUUUAGGUGGGAGACAGGGAUACGGGCUUUGUUUUCCCUCAUAAGGUGGAGUCGGUCGAGGUGCUAUUUUCCUUUACAGUCCUAUUAUUCAGAAGGCAAAUUGAGCCAGGUGAGAGAUGCACUUUGGGGGACAAAGUCCCAUUUACUAUAAAGAUGAGAUUGUCUAGCAUAGGUGAUCUUAUUUCUAAGUAGGAAGUGCUGCCAUUGGGUAUAGGCAGAACAUGGAGAAUCCUCAUGCUUAAAGUAUAGAUCUUCGGGAGAAUCAGCUCUCUAAUUUUAUAACUUUUUUUUUACCAACUUUUCCUGGCUCCCUUGCCUCCUCCCAGGAAUUCAGGUAAUCACAGUUUGAUGAAAGUGCUAAACUUUGUUAGAGAUCCCAGGACCUCCAUAUAGGGUCAGGGGCUCCCAAGCUUUAUGAGUAUAGUCGU